UGGACGGGCCAGGAAGGAUAGGAGGGGACACUGGCAUCUUCUCCGUCCCCUCCUGCUCCCACAGGAUACACGGGGUUCAGGGGUCGCCUCUAACUUCCCAGGACAGCCAACCAUGGAGCCCGUGGGCAGGAAGCGCAGCAGGAAGGCUGCCGAGGCUCAGUCGGAGGCUCAAGUAAACACAGCCCAAGGGGCCACGAAAGAAAGUUCAGGGGUCGCCUCUAACUUCCCAGGACAGCCAACCAUGGAGCCCGUGGGCAGGAAGUGCAACAGGAGGGCUGCCGAGGCUCAGUCAGAGGCUCAAGUUAGGGCCGCCUCGGCGAAGAAGCAUACAGGAAAGGAUCCAGUCAGUGAUGAAUGUGAGGAAAGAAACCCUUUUACAGAAACAAGGGAGGAAGAUGUAACUGAUGAGCAUGGGGAAAGAGAACCUUUUGCUGAAACAGAUGAGCACACGGGGAUUCAUACCAUGGAGCUAGAAUAUAUUGCAGCUGACAUUAAAAAGGACCUUGCUGCAAAAAGAAAAACGAUAAAAAUAGAUAAAGCAGCUUACAGGAAAACCAAGAACACAAUUGAACGUGCUUUGAGAAAAAAACAACUAAAAAGGCAGAAACGUGAUUAUAGACAUACUCAGAAGUUGCUGAAUGUCCUUAAAGAAUACAUCGCAGAGAAGCAGAAAGAUGAUGAAGCAGAAGAAGCAGAAGCAGCAGAAGCUGCAGCAGCAGCAGCAGCAGCAGAAGCAAUAGUAGAAGAGGAAGAGGAGGAAGAGAAGGAGGAGGAGGAGAAAGGAGAAGAAGAAGGAGAAGAAGAAGGAGGAGGAGGAGAAGAAACAGAAGAAGAAGAGGAAGAGGAAGAAGAACUAAUUGAAGAAGAAGAGGAAGAGGAAGAAGAAGAACUAAUUGAAGAAGAAGAAGAAGGAGAAGGAGAAGAAGAGGAGGAGGAAGAGGAAGAAGAAGAAGAACUAAUUAAAGCAUUUCAAGAAAAACAGAAGAGGUGGCAACAACCUACAAGUAUUAGGAGCUGGAGGCUGAAAGAGAUGAAGCCGCCACUUGAGCAAUUCAUAAAGGCUACCAAGGAUGCCAAAGACAAUUAUUACAUCAUUUCUUCCGAUGAAGAAAGUGAACUUGAUAACUAGCCGUGUUUUUAAAUAAAAUCGUGUCAGAACUCUUUUGGAAGAGUUGGCGCUUCAUUGUCUCUUCAGCCUCUGUUAUUCUGAUGACUGAAGAAAGAACUUGAACCUAUGUUAUAUGAUACAAGCACAGCUUGAGUACAGUAAACUACAUGACAGUGUUUUGAUAAUUGUUGUAUAAAUCAGUAUAGCUCCUCUGUCAUUUGUCUGUUAAAUGCCAGACCUCGUUUCUAUGAUCUGUUGAAUGAAUCCUAGACACUUCUAUGAGAAAGCAGGGAUUGCAUAGUUAUGUACACGGUCAAUUUAAUUUUAACAUUAAAGAUAAUUUAGAUUUCGAUUUGGCCUCUGUGGAUCUGUAUCAGUUCCAAAAAUGUAGAAAGCAUAGGCAUAGAAAGUACAUUUUUCUCUAAUAAAAGAAGACAAAACCUGCUGGGUGUGGUGGCUCACGCCUGUAAUCCCAGCACUUUGGGAGGCCGAGGGGAGUGGAUCACUUGAGGUCAGGAGUUUGAGACCAGCCUGGCCAACAUGGUGAAACCCCAUCUCUACUAAAAAUACAAAAAUUAGCCAGGCAUGCUUGCAUGCACCUGUAGUUCCAGCUACUCAGGAGGCUGAGGCAGGAGGAUCUCUUGAACCCGGGAGUCGGAGGUUGCAGUGAGCCAAGAUUGUGCCACUGCACUCCAGCCUGGGGGACAGAGCAAGACUGUGUCUCAGAAAACAAGAAGACGACGACAAAAGCUAUCCUAUCUAUGCAUUCUUUUGUAUUUACUCAUUAGGAUAAAGAGGCAAUUCCAAUGAAAGUAGGAAUUCAAAAAAUAGAUACACUCUAUGGCCGUAUCAAAAUUAUUAAAAAUACCUUAACAUCUGUGUUCUUGAAAAAAUUAAACUACUAUAAAUAAUUAAGGCA